AUGCUGGAAAAGAUCUACAUCCAACCCAGGUACAACUGGAGGGAGAACUUGGACCGUAACAUAGCCUUGCUGAGGCUCAAGAAGCCCAUCACCUUCAGCAACUACAUCUACCCCGUGUGCCUGCCUGAUGAGGAAAUAGCAAUCAGACUGCUCCACGCCAGAUACAAAGGGUGGGUGACUGGCUGGGGCAACCUGAAGGAGAUGUGGAUGUCCAACGUUGCCAAGGUACAGCCCAACGUCCUGCAGGUGGUGAACCUGCCCAUUGUGGAGCGGCCAGUGUGCAAAGCCUCCACUCGGAUCCGCAUCACCGACAUGUUUUGUGCUGGCUUCAAGCCCAGUGAAAGGAAAUGAGGAGAUGCCUGUGAAGGUGACAGUGGGGGGCCCUUUGUCAUGAAGAGCCCCUUUAACAACCGCUGAUAUCAAAUGGGCAUCGUGUCAUGGGGUGAAGGCUAUGACAGGGAUGGAAAAUAUGGCUUCUACACACACGUGUUCCGCCUGAAGAAGUGGAUACAGAAGGUCUUUGAUCAGUCUGGAAGUUAGCAGGCUGCUCACAUUCUAGGCUCCUCACUGUAAAAUUACAGAAACCAAUCCAGCAGAAUUAUUUUUGUGGUUUGUUCCUAAAACUAUAUAGUUCUCAAUAAAAGUGUC